AUGGAUUUUUCAAUAAAACUCUGGAAGCUGAUAUAUGUGACUCCACCAUGCAAUUUGACGCUUGUAUACUACGCGGAAUUCGUUCGUUCACUCUCGGUGAUAUCAAUUCUUGCCAUCAUGGACAGCCUGACUUUCUUCAAAAUGAAUUUUCAUAACAGGAAAGAAGUGACACUGCAAGGAGUGGUAUUUGUUGCUGAACUGGUGUCUUAUUUUUAUGUUGACGAGUUCUUUCCUAUCACUAAAGAAGAAGUUGUCGGUGAUCCGAACAGAUGGCCAAAGUUUCUGAUCACCACCAUUGCGUGGAUACUCGUGCCUACGUUGGAUGGGAUAGCAGUACUGAUAUUUAAUGAGCAACUGCACAGUGCUAUUCCUCGGCCAUUCAAGGUCUCAAAACCACGUCGAACUUCCAUCAAGAUCGCGCCACAAUACCAUUUUGAGUCCACAAAUGAUCGACAUACAUCUGGGCUC